AUGUCUUCUUCCUCACAACCGCCGGAAAAAACUCUCAACGAAACCGUGACCAUAUCAGAAGUAAUCGAAAAACAGAGCGAACUAGAGGACGAAGCAGCCGAAGUACUACCGUUUGACAUCACCAAAUGUUCGAAGCCGGCCGGACACAUCCGCCAAUCGGUAUACUCCUGCCUAACAUGCAACCCGACCAAACCAGAGCGGGAUCAUCUCCGAGCUGGUGUCUGUAGUUCCUGCUCGGUGAGCUGUCACACCGACCACCACUUGGUUGAACUAUUUGUCAGAAGAGACUUCGCCUGCGACUGUGGUACAAAUCGAUGCAAUCCUGGCCAAUGUCUGUUGAUCAACCAUCCCAUCGACCCGGUGCACCAACCAAACCCCAACAAUCCUUCUACUUCGACCGGCUCUUCUAACCGGUAUGACAAAAACUUUGAUGGCCAGUUUUGCAUCUGCGAAAGAGGUAAAACUUAUGACCCUGAGACGGAAACUGAAGAUAUGUACCAAUGUCUCGCCUGUGAAGAUUGGAGACAUGCCAGUUGCUUAGGACCGCAUCCUGAUCCAGACGAUUGGGACGACUUGAUCUGCGCAGCAUGUGUCCAAAACAACCCUAUAAUCAAAUCCAUGAUGUUCAAACACGCCGGGGGAGAAGGGACUGGUAUGAUGUUGUGCAAAGACACAGGGACGGAUGGAUCUGAUCGCAUCAGUUGCUAUGGAAAACUGCCGAUGAACACGGAUUCCAAGAAAGACCCCGCGUCAACUCGGACGGGCGCAGAAACAAUUAAUUUCAAAGAUUCAGUGGAUCAAACCGCUCAGACAGAGACGGGAAUGCAAGAUGAAAAGAGCGACGACUCGGAAGCUAAGACUUGGGUGGGCGCUAGCUCCAAUGGCCUCAUCCCAACUAAUCACGAGCCCACAUCCAAAGAAGGCCCGCCAACAUCUGCCGAGGACCUUGAUCGAAACGACAAAAGCCCGAGACCUGUGAGCGCCGAGUCCAAAAAGAAACGAUCAUCCAGUGUCGAUUUAUACGAAAAGCCGACAGGUUGUGGCAAGAAACCAAGACUGGAUGAUUUCUCUGAUCGCUCGAUUGAUUCGCAAGUGAGCGAGUGUCGAGCACCAUUCAAAAGUCCAUCACAAUCUAUCUUGAACACGAUCGACCCAGGCUUUUCCAACGUCUACUUGGCGGCUGGCUGGCGAGCUAGAUGGUGUCAUUGUUCCGAUUGUCGCCAGGUUUUGGGCCGGUUGAGUUGGUUGAUCGAGGAGGAGGAAGACGUCUGGGAACCUGGAGAGGAUACUGAUUCAUUGAAAUCGAUUCAUGAGUUGGGACUGGAAGCCUUAAAGACACUACCUAGAGACCAACUAGUUACCGGCUUGAACGCCUACAACAAGCUCAAGGAACACAUUCUUGAGUUCCUGAAGCCGUUUGAGUCGCAGGAUUUGCUGGUCACCGAACAAGAUGUUCGCCAGUUCUUCAACGAGACUAAGGCCAAAAUUCAGGACAAAACUUGGUGA